AGAUCUAAACCCCGCGAUCUUUUCCGAGCAGUCAUCCCAGUUUUUCUGAGCAUCCUUUCGGGUUAAAUUAUUUCUCAAAUUCCAGAAGUCCACAGAACAAAAUAUGGACCAAGUUUUGAAAAAUAUCGUCACCUCAAUCGUCUUCGACGAAGUUUUGGACCAUGUCACAAUCUGUUUUGACCCCGCGGGAAAACUCCCUAUGGUGAUGAAGCUAUUGAACAGUUAUGGACCAAACAACACCGUCACGUUUGAAAUUAUUCCAAGAGGACCACACCAUGACUCAGCGAGAUUAACUAUUAAGUACAGAACACGGACAAGCGCGACGAGACUCAGAAGCGCCACAUCCAGAACAGAGGACAGGAUGACAGUAGAACAGAGAGUAGAAGCACCGACUGAUUCGGACAGCUCAGACACAGACGACGAACAUAGCAGCAGCGACAGCAGUACCACUGACGGAACCGACGGAACGGACAACACUAGCGACACUCCUGAAGGCGACGAUAACGACGAAAAUGACGAAGUUAUUUUAAAUUCAGACGAAGAUGUCCCACAGCAAGACAAUGACAAUAACGAAGACAACAUGAACAGCGACAGUGAGAACGCCACAGGCAACGACAAUGACCACAUCCCAGACAACAAUGACGACAAUUACGUCAGUAAUGACAUCGACAAUGCAGACAACAACGAUAUCAACAGCGACGACAAUGUUAAUGAUAACGGCUACCCCUUGCAGUACAAUCCCCAAAACAACGUGGAAUUACUCAAGAUGAACCUGACGGACGCUUAUACGAUAACAGCUAUAUACAGAGGAGACACAAUUGACGCAGAGGCAUUGUUCAGACAGUACGGACCAUGCCACACAGAACAUUACAUGUCCACGACAGACGACACUAAAGCCAUAUCGACACGGUACCAGUUAGACAAACAUGCACGGAAAAUAAUAAAUCUGUAUCUGUAAACAAUAUAUACAACGGACAGACGAGGACGUACAAGGACUUCGACGGCAAGAACGAAAACAGGGACCACCGACAACAGAAUACGUUAGAUCGGACGAUACUAUUUGUGUACGAGUACCGCGGACAGUAAGCAAACAAGAACUGACGGAAAUAUUUGCAACAUUUGGAGAAAUAGCUGACAUACGACGCAUCAAACCGAACGACGAAGACGAACGUUAUACAGCAUUUAUACAAUACAGACACAAGGACAGCGCAUACAAAGCAGUAACAGAAACUGACAAUACAUACUUACCGAAAUGGGCUUAUAAUCGAAGACAACGGACGACAAAACCAGCGACGACACAGGAAAAUGCACAGGAGCGAAAGAGAACCGAAGGACCACAGAGACAAAGACGAUGGACGUUGGACUCCGCCAACAACACAAAACUGUAUGUUCUCGCACCACCUGACACGACACAACAGGAAUUCAGAGCGGACUUCAUAAAAUACGGAGAAGCAAUACAGAUAGAGUUAACAAACGGAAAAAAGGAGAAUAAUGAAAAAGUAGGAUACGUUAUUUACAAGGACAAAAUAGACGCCAUCGACGCCAAACUAAACGGACCACGAAAAUACAAAAUUGACUGGAAGUUAACGCCACAGACUACUGAGACACUAUUACAUUUUACAUGCGGAGACCAAAUACCGAUACAGAGUUUUACAGACCACACACGCGACUGCACCACAACUACACUACGACGACGGCUACAAGACAAAAAAAA